AUGGCAUCUGUAGAUCCUCUGAAGGCGACUUUAAAACGUCUUGAAAACGAAAGGUUAACUGUGUUAGCACAACUCGACGACAUUUCUCAGGAUUCCACAGAACACAAACUAGUUCUGAAGAACCUGGCCAAAUUACCAAACGAUAGGAGGUGUUAUCGCAUACUCGGUGGAAUAGCUAUUGAAAAAACUGUAGAUGAGAUAAAGCCUGACUUAAAUGCUCACGCCACCAGGGUAAUUUGCACAAUCAUAUACUCAGUCACAUUAUAUACACGUACAUAA